AUGUCCAGACUCGAUGAUGAUGCUCAUCAAAAAUCUAAGAGUGCCUUACGCGUGUCGGAAACACGAAAUAAGGACGAUGAUCAAGGUACCGAAACUCUCUCGAGCACCAAGAAAGGAGAAGAGGAAUUGGAAGAAAAUUUUGAUGACUGGGUGUUUGACGAUGACGAGGACGACGAAAAUACCGUUGAUGAAAAGGAGAUUCUUGAAAGCGUACCAGAAACGUGGAGACAAGCAAGUAUGGUAGAGGAAAUUCUUGAGAGAAGACAAUUGCACAAAGAUACCCAAGGCGGAAGCAUCAAAAAACAGCAGAGCUCUGCCGAUCAGGAUUUUUGUGAGGAUCCCUUGGAUUUAGUAAGAGCCUUGCAGCUAUCAAAGCUUAAGAAUGGAUUAAAUCCAUACGAAGAAGGAUUUAUCCCGACCAAGUAUAUAGCCUCCUUUCAUUCCAAAUUCAGUUUCGAAGUUUUGAAGAAAUCUAGGAUGACAUGUAGACAAAGAAAAGAAAGUCAGUCACGCAAGCUGAGACAAUUUGUUCAAGAUAAUUUAGAAAAAUACGUUUACUUGAAAGACAAGCUAGAAGAGUUUUUUAUUGGAGACAGAGAGGGUAGAAAUAUAUUUAAUGACACUGCUGUGCAAGGAUUAGAAGAGUCUUUUAAUUCAUUGCAAACAACUGCCAAAGCUUUAUUCUCACCAAUUAUUAAAACCCAGCAGCUGAGCGAAGAGAUUAGAAGCAUGACAGUGAUUGUUGACAAACUAAAAUUUUUGUUUGUCAUUCCUUCGGAUAUUAAGGAAAACAGAGAAAGGAAAGAGUACAAGAAAAUAAUAUUGGACUACAAAAAAGCAAAAUACUUUAUCAGAAAUAGCUCAUCAAAGAUACUAAAUUCUCUUUACACACAUAUAUUGAGACAAGUGGCUGAAGUAAGAACAGACUUAUUUAAUAAGCUGAAAGAUCCAUCAAUAUCUAUUGAUCAAAAAGAUAGAUACAUUGGAUAUUUAUACAUGUUGGAUGCUAAGGAGGAAGAUCCUGUUUCAUUUUUCAUUUUUCAUCAGUUCAAUUAUAUUGUCAGCCAAAUGCAAAACCUUUUUGCAGGUGUGAUUGAGAAUGAACGUCAACAAAAUGUGACCAAGAAAGUCAAAGUGAGCGAUCAGAUAAAAGCGCCAUUUUUCGAUGUCGAACAAAGAGACAGUGAAAAUUUUUUAGAAGGAGUUGAGAGCAUGCUCUUCGAAGAGGGGAUAUUAUGGUCUCUAGAUUCAGUUAUUGGAAAAACACAAUUCAAUCCAGCUAUGAACUUCACUCUUUAUGUAGAAUCUGUGAAAAAAUUAUGUAAUUUGCUUUUCGAAAAUUUGCAAAUAUUUUGGAGGUUUUCAAAAUACUCUUUGGAAGAUAGGUAUAAACAAGAACGAAUUGGCAAUAAGAAAAACUCACAAGUGGUCAAAGUGCAAGAAAGAGAGCGUCAGGUUAAAAAAGAAGCAGAAAUAUUGGGACUUUUCAACGAAAUUUAUAACACUUUCUCCAUACUCAUAAGAGAGCUGUUCGAGAAAAUGGAUACCAAUGAAAUCAGUCAACCUCAUAUCGAGGAAGCGUUGAAGUACUUUUCAACAAAAUUGCUGUCCACGUCCGAGUUCAAAAUUCAAGCAAAAUUCAUCAAUCCACUCUACCACUUCGUGCAAGAAAUGAAGAAUGAUAUUACAACCCAAUAUUGCUUGCGAACAAUAUCAACAAUUCAACAAUUACAUCAAUUGGAAGAUUGGAUUCUUAUUAAGGAAAGCAAUACUACCAAACUUCCUGUGAUGCUCAUGCGACACGUUUAUUCUUUGAUUGAUAUCUUAAAUGCAAUUAUGACAAAUGUUGAGGAUUGCAAGGACGUUAAAACUUUGUUCAUUGAAGCUUUACUGUCAUUUGCAGACUCUGUCUAUGUAUUGGCAGAAGAGAUAGACGGGAAUGACAUACUUAGCUCUCUUCAGGCAAGCUCCUCUCAUUACACAUCUAUUACCUCAAUUGGACAUAGAACUGCAGAUAAGCAACUGUUACUUGUGGUGAGAAAUCUAUUUUUCUUAACCAAGAGUGAUGGAGGGCUGGAUAAAAUGAUUCAUUCUUUCUCUGAGAAAGUACUUACCAAAGAUAAUAGUUGGGAGGAGCAAGUUGAUGGAGACGAUCUAGAAGAUAUAGAUUUUGAUGAUAUAGAUCUUGAAAAUAUACCUCAAACAUCCAGAAAGCCAAAAGAAGAGUUUAGAGAGAGCGAUUUAGUCAAAAAUGUUUUUGAUGUAUUUGAGAAGCUUUCAAAUAUCGUGUUAAACAAAUGGUUGAGAAGAAAAAUCACGUCAUUGUCAGCUAUUCUUAGGAAAGGGGUGUUAAACCCUGGUUUCAAGUGGUCUAACGUGUUGAAUCCAACGUCAGUUAGAAGUUACAUUAUUGAGACUUUACUCGGGCUAACUCUUAUUCACCAUGAGAUUAUUGAUAUGAAAGCUAAAUCAUCCUUUACAAAUAUUAUUUUUAGAGAGAUCAAAAUUGGAUUGCUUAAUACUUUCAAUGACUGUUGCCUUCGGCUUCCUGAAGAUAUUUGUCUUAAUGGAUGUCUUCAGCUUGAUAUCGAGAUUACCUUUUUCGAUGAAUGCCUUUCAUGUUUUGACACUGAAGAAAGUAUUUCAAUAUUCUCAAAAAUUAGAGGGAAACUAAUGGCUUUACAUAAGAUGGACUUGGACGGAGAUUCUCAACUUUUCAAAACAAAACAAGAUGUAAUCGACAAGUAUAAGGAGAAAACAGCUCAACAACUUGCUGGCUUCAACGGUAAUGUGUCAUCUUCUAGAGACAAUAAGGAAUCAGCUAGAAGGACAACUGUAAAUUCUUUACCAACUCUUAAAGUCUCAACAACAAACACCCGAGACGAGAGUAACGAAGAUUUAGGCUUGAGUUUUGGUUUGAAGCAAAAACGAAUUCUCAAAGAAGAAAAGACUUCGAAUACUCCAAAGACUGCCAACAGAUCUAUCUCCAUAAAUUCCACUACAACAAACACACCAGAUAAUCUGAAAAGAAAAUCAGUAAGGCAAAGUGAGCCAUUCGUUGGUAGUGGCGACGGUAGUUCACCAGCUACAUCAAAAGUCACAGGCAUUAUGACACCCACAGCUCCCAAGAAAACUCUUGCGAUGGCCUCUGUUACGAAACGAACCCCUUCAUCUUCCAACAAAUAG